GGGCCCUCCAUGGAGCAUAACCACGACGCGGGCCAUGGAGGCAACGUCCCCUGCAGCAACGGGCCCUCCAUGGAGCAUAACCCCGACGCGGGCCAGCAACUGGGCCUGCCUAGUGGAGCGCACACAGCAAAUUCUUCGUUUAAGGUCAAGCAAAAAUUUGUCAUCUGCAUACACUGCGGGUGUAAAUACAUGCAAAUUGCAGAAGAAAGUCUGGGAAAAAUGUUUUUGCUUUAUUCCGAAGCGCUGCAAAAACCUUCUCACUCAUUACUCCAAAAUUUACUCACUGAAUUAUUCGAAAUUUCUGGGAUCACGGAGAUGAGUUUGUACCUCAAAUUCAAAACAGAUUUUACACCAAGGGCCAUCGACAAAAUUUUUUCCUAUAUUGAAAAAAUUAUUCAAUGCAUUUCUCCCACCAAGUUCGGUGACCAAUUUUUCGAAUAUUAUCAUGAAAAAUUUGAAGAGCUGGAACAAUAUAUAUUAGAAAUAUCUGUCCACAUAGACGAUACAAUUUCAUUCGAGAGAACGGGCUUUAAUCGCAGUGAGCGCGUAAGUCAUAUUUUGCAGUCAAUUCACAACAUGGAACAAAGUUUCAUUCGUGCGGGAGUCAUUCUCGGCAAGAUUUUCCACAAUCUUUUGACUCCAUUUUUAUCCAUUGAUUCAUUAGAAGAAUUCGUCCCUAAGUCCGAAGAAGCGCAGCCUUGUCCGGUGUGUUUGGAUCUCAAAAUCAAACAAGACGACAACUUCACGAUUUUGUCCAAUUGUAAACACGUUUUCUGCGACUCUUGCAUUACGCAGUGGCUGCAACAACAUUGGUCGUGCCCGAUGUGCCGCCAGCCUGUCAGCCACCGCGCCUGCCGCGACGAAUUCCUGGCCUUCAAGGAGGACCAGCGCGUCCUGCAAGCCCUGCACGGCGUAGCGGGGGAAGAUGGUGCGAGUGUCAGGUUGUCUACCGUAACUCCCUUAGUUGUGUUAGCACUUACAGCGUCACUUCCGUGACGUUACUAUACUAUGCCAUUAUAAGCUCCCCGAGCGGACCUUCAGUCAGUCUUGGGCAUUUAUAGGCGAGACGUAAUAAAGUCAUCAUCAUGUAGUCCGCAGGACCGCGCCAGACUCCGGCGUUGAGUAGCCUCCGUCGUUAGAGUAACAAUCUAAAAUCUACCAUGUGUACUUACCACUAAGCUUCCUUGUAUUCCUAUCUAGUUCGUAAAUAUAUUAUUAGACAACU